AGCUUUGAUGUCUUCGCAACGUCAGGACCCUCUGGAUCUUUUUCUGAAAUUGAUCUUCGACGAUGGCACCAGCACAAAGAUCGACGGCUUCAGCACUUCUUGUUCCUUCAUAUAGUUGUCAAGUCUACCUAUGGCGGAGUAAAUCAGCACUAUGGGUUCCAAUCGCUACUUAUCCUGCUUCCUUAUCUUUCAGUGGGUACUCACGACGAGUGGCUUCGUCCCACUUGAAAUCUCCAGAAAUGCCAAGAUCCCCCAAUCUACCGUCUUUGCAAGUAGCAGCAGCACUGCAGAUGAUGUAGACAAGAGUCAAUUGUCCGAAAAGCAGUUGGAUUUCACAAUGGGAUAUAUCAACAAACAUCAUCAGGAUUUGCUGGCAGAUUUUGCCAAGGCGUUUUCAGAAGUGGGUGCAGAACAAGCCAAGAAGAAUGCUUGGAGUGGCGGGUCUUACGUCAUUGAAAGCUCCAAAAUUGUCGGCAUCGAUACGGAAAAGUUUGACUUGGAAGUGACAAUCAAGCUUCGCGGCAAGAAGCUGCUGGUCAAGACUGUGUCGGUGGAUCUUGAGGCUGAUGUUUUGCCCGAACGAAAACGAAGCUACACGAACAAAGCCCCUGUUCCCGUGUACGACGGUGUCACACUCUCGGCUAUUGACUAUAUUAUGAGAAGACUCGGUCGUUUGUGUUGGGCGGUUGGAAAGCCAGAGGUCAGCGGAAAGCUCAUUCAAUUGGCGAUUCAGUUGGACGGAGAUGGUGUUGGCAAGCUACCAGAAAACAUGUUUUUAAACCAAGUACCCCACAACCGAUACGUGCGCCGGUAUUUCUAUGAUGGAGCCUCCCAAGCCACACUAGAAGCUUGCAUUCUUUGCUCACAAAAGCAAAUCUCCAAUCGAAUGAAGAUUACAUCCAUGUUCCCAGAAAUGAAUCCAUCAAUGGACUCUUAUCGUAUUGGAACGAUUCUUGAGUUGGUUCGGGUAAUCGCCAUUCGGCUCGCAGAGGAAAACUUACGCGUGCGCGUUUGCGUACAAGGUAGUAUGGGUGUUGGGAUCUUUACUGGAGUUCCCAAAUCACUGAAUGGUGUUUCCAAACUUUUGCAAAUGAUGGAUUGGGAAAGUGACGAGGGCGAAGAAAACGAAGGUAUGGUGGGCGAAUACAUCAGGUUUGGUAACAUUGGAAGGGAACACGUCGUGGAUGCUCACACCAAUGCCGAUGGAGAAAAGGUCGAGCAAGACGAUGUCUUCAUUCUGAUUGCCCCACAGAGUAUGGUGGGCAUUGAAUCGUCCAUCAUGGGAUCUCUGGCAGAAAUGGUGGAGGCAGCCGGUGACAGGCCGGUGAUCCUUCUCAAUCCGGACCUUGUCGACAAGGUCAGCAGUCAAGGCCAGCAAAGCGUCAGGGGCCGUAAGCAAAGGAUCGAAUUCGCUGAAUCGUUCAAACCAAUAUACCACUUUCAGAACAUUUAUGUUAGUGGAACGAGCUAUUUCCCAAUCCUUGGAGCAAUUACUAAACUGCAUCCUGGAGAGCAGUUUGUCGCACAUCAACGACGAGACAUGAAAAACGGAGACGAAAUCUACGUCCCAUGUUUAUCAGAUGAAGAAAUCCCAACAGGCGAGGCGAUUCUUGCUGCAUUUGAAACUUAAAUAAACAUACGUAAACUGAAAUGAAAUG